CUGGCCCGGCGCUGGGAGCUGCUACGCAGGCCUGCAGUCAGGGCGCGGGCGAAGCAGCAGGAGCGGGACAAUGGCGCAGCAGCGGGAGGCACCAGUCGCAAGAGGGAGGCAAUGAGAAGGAUCUUUCCGGACGAGUGCAACAGAGCGCUCGGCAUCCCCCAGGGCUGCGCGCUGGCGGACAUCGAGCGAUUCUACGACUGCCUGCGCAUCGACACGCUGAUCCCUGAGGCGCUCGCGAUGAACAUCAGCCCGCGCCAAAUCAUUGCGCUGAUGCGCCAGCGCUCGAGCGCGCGCGCCGCGAGGAAGACGCCCGCGACCUUCUUGGCGCUCGAGGGCAACGACCCCGCGAUGGUAAUAACGGGGAACGAGGUGAUGAAGCGCAUCGAGCUGUGG